CAAUCUUUGUCUGAACCUCAGACAGUACAUCCCACGACGCCGCCAGAAACUUGUGCUGUGGUUGUGAAGCUUUGACUAUCCUAUAGGCAUUUUUUUUUAAAUAUAUAUAUUUUUAGAGAAGUUCAAGCUCACUAUCGACACAGUGCUUCGUUACGGACAGUAAUGGCUGUAGCGGUGAGACGAGCUCCAGUUAGUUUUUACUGUAUCGACUGGCUCUCUUAGCGGUGGUCGGAGCGGGUUCAUCACUGUGACUGCUCCAUUUUUGAGGCUCUGAAGUUCCGACAUCAGCUGCCAAAAAUCAACUUGUUUCCCACCGCCAGUCUCUUUCUCUGUGCCCUGUGUCAACCAUGGAGACCACUGAGGUGACUUUGGCUAUCAGAGGAGAAACAUCCCCAGGUGAGGUGAUUGCAGUUACUGGUAGCUGUGAAACCUUGGGGAGCUGGAGUCCUCAGAAAGCUGUGAUCUUACAUCCUGAUGGAAAUGAUGGAAGUACUUGGACAACAACCAUCACUAUACCUCAGGGAACUGUUUCCAAGUACCGCUAUUUCAAGGGCUUCUUUCUGGAGUCAAAGAGUGCAGAUGGUCCCCGUCAAGUGAUAGUCAAAAUGUGGGAGACCAAUCAGCAAGCCCGCACGAUGAGCCCUACAGCCUCACACCUGAAUAUUGAUGAUGGACAAUUUGGAAUUCACAAUGGGGUGAAUUGUGUUGACUCUGGGUGGCUGACGUGCCAAACAGAGGUUCGCCUGCGUCUGCACUAUUCUAGGACGUCUCCGGUGUCCAUCACUAAGAAGAAAUACAAGAAGUCUUGCUUCAGGAUCAAACUAACAUUAGAGGGCAUUGAGGAGGAGGAAGACGAGGAGGAAAAUGAUCUCAGUGCUUCAUCAUGGCACAAGAUAAACAGCACUCUGGAGAUCAGUAUGAUCAGUGCCAAUGGCUAUAAGUCGCGCCACUCGCAGCCUGAAUGUGGGUAUGCUCUGGAGCCCUCACAGUGGACUGAGUACAGUAUCCACACGAUGGACCCAGACAACCUAGAGCUCAUCUUCGAGUUCUUUGAGGAGGAUCUAGGUGAGCAUGUAGUCCACGGGGACACUCUUCCUGGCCAAGUGGGCACAGCUUGCCUCCUCUCCUCCUCUUUUCUGGAGAACGGCAAGGACAUCGGAGUAGCCACAAUUCCCAUAAUGGGUCGAAAUUCCAGGCAGACCAUCGGGAAAGUCAAAGUGGACUACCUGGUGAUCCGGCCCAUCCAGGGGCUGCAAUUUGACAUGAGCUCCUCAUUCACCAAGUACUGGAAGAAAAGAAGCACCCUCGAUGUGGGCCACAGAGGAGCUGGCAGUUCACAUGCAGCCAAGCACCACAGAAUCAGGGAGAACACUAUAGCCUCUUUCAAAAGUGCUGCUAAACAUGGUGCCGCCUACGUGGAGUUUGAUGUUCACCUCUCCAAAGAUGCUGUUCCCAUUGUUUACCAUGAUCUGACAUGCUGCAUAGCCACCAAAAAGAAAAAAGACAGUACUUCUCUGGAACUUAUUGAGGUGCCAGUCAAAGACUUGACCUUUGAUCAGCUGCAGCUUCUAAAGCUGGCUCACGCCACUGCGAUUAAAGGAAAUGAUCACAAAGAUCUGCUGGACGAUGAAGAAGAAAUUGACGAGUAUCAGCCAUUCCCCUCACUCUCACAGAUCUUCCAAGCGAUUCCUGAGCAUGUGGGCUUCAACAUUGAGCUCAAAUGGAUCAGCCAGAUGAAGGAUGGGUCAUGGGACGGCAACCUGCCAUCCUACUUCAACAUGAACACCUACCUCGACACCAUCCUGUCCUGUGUUCUGCAGAAAGGCGGCAAAAGACGCAUUGUCUUCUCCUGUUUCGACCCGGAUAUCUGCACCAUGGUGCGUCAAAAGCAGAACAAGUACCCCAUCCUCUUCCUGACCCAGGGAAUUUCAGAAAAGUAUCCUGAACUAAUGGACAUCCGCUGCCAGACAACUCAGAUCGCCAUGAGCUUUGCCCAGAGCGAGAACAUUCUGGGAAUCAGUGCCCACACUGAGGAACUGCUAAAGCACCUUAGCUACAUUGGAGAGGCCCAGGCUAAAGGUCUGGUGGUGUUCAGCUGGGGAGAGGACAACAACGACCAUCAGAACAGAAAGAAGCUGAGGGAGCAAGGAAUUGAUGGGCUCAUCUAUGAUAGUAUCUGUGAUGAAAAAGGAGAACAGCCAAACAUCUUCCAGGUAGAGGAGCAUCACUCCAUGCAGGAGGUUAUUACAGAGGAGACCCUAAAGAGCUCCAGCUGUUCCUGCUACUCCAUUCCCUGCUCCAUUGCUCCUUGCAACGACUCCAAGACUCGUACUGGCAGUGCUGAGUCCGAUUCUGGCCUCAGCUCCUCUUAAAUUUCCCUCAACUUAAACCUUUCACAGGACCUCAUUGCAGAGAUAUACUCAAGAGGUCCACGGUUGAUUUUUUUUUUUUUUGGAACAUGUAUUUUGCUUGAAAAUGACAGAUUAGAUGUAUGUAUAUAUUGAUCAAGUGAUUGAAGACUGACAGGAUUUGAUAUGUUUUCAUGCAUGGUCACCAUAGUAAAACCAUUUCAAACCAUCUCCACUCCACUCCAGUCAUUUACAGAUGUUUUCCAUUGUCUUGAAUCUUUACAUUAAUGCUGAGGUGGGUGUAUUGCCAAACCAUUAAGGCAGCCAUGCAAAUUUUUUGUUUUUGUGUGACAAAGGCUUGUUUAGAGAAUCUAAAACGUCCAUUCAUACAGCUUCAUAAUAGAGGAUGAAUGUCAAAUUGUGAAAUUAUACUUGACAGUUGAUAUUUUUUUAGCCAAUAUGUUGCAUUUGUUCAUAGUGCAAGUGCUAGCAUGUAAUGCAUAUGAUAUUUUACAGGUGGAAAAUCAAUUUUUAAGUAAAUCAUCAGGUUAAGGAUAAUCCAGGACGAUGAUCUGCUGUUUUUCUGUUUCUUCUGUUAUGUCUUUUUGUGCAUGUUGCCAUCCACUACAAUGAAAACUGUCCUUUUCAUUGUCUCACAUAGCUAUGAGUACAGCUACUUUUUUCAGAUAUGAGACGCACGGACACAACACAUCCAUUGCUGGGUUACAUUUACGCACCACUCUUAGUCCAAGAAGUGCGCGUUGAGAUGACUAAUGCUGUUGAUGAAUGGUCGCCUCUUGAUGGAUAGACUACAGCACUUAGAAGAAGCCCACACGACUGAUAAAAUUCCUGUUGAAAGCUCUUGAUUCUUCUUUCUGCACCCUUUAAUUCUUACCGUUAUUCGUUAAUAGCUGUUACUGUUAAGGACAUGGCGUGUGUAUUCGUUUUAUCUACCUAAUUGAGGAAAAGCAGAAGAAUGUUUUAUUUGCGAUAGUGCACAUGCUUACCACAGCCUUAAGGAGGGGGAAAUCAUGUCUCUUUUUUUCCCCUUUUCUUACAAUGUCACCAGUACCUCACUUAUCAAAUAUGAGAAUAGACUUGACUCCUGUACAGAAUUAGCAUAUACUUGCCUAUUUAACUUCACAACACCCAUACUUUUAUGUCUGCUUUAUAUGGCAGAUUAUCUUAAGUUACGCUUGAAAUGAUCAAUCAUUUCAAUAUUGCAGUAGUGUAUUAGUAAAAUUGAUUGAUAAUGCUGCAUUUUGAGCACAGCAAAGCAAACCCAUUCUGUCUGUAUAAUAUGUCUUAUUGCACAAUCUACAAAUCCUCAUGAGUGAGUCAUGCAUGGUCUAUAUAUCUGUAUGUAUGAAUAACAUGGGGGAAUGGAUGACUCCAGUGUGUUAUAUUUACUGCCACUUCAGAACAGUGUGUAAAUUGAAAUGUAAAUAAAAUCAAAACCUGGA